AUGCGCAUGUGGGGCAUUCCUCUCAAGUGCCAUCAGUGCAACGCAAAAAUGCACCACUCGGGGAUUUACACCAAACCUCGAACUCUGGGAAACAGCUCCAGCUACCUCCAGCAGGCAUUAGAGGAAGCACACAGUGAGGAGUGGGCAAGGCGGACCAUUGAGUACUUGUCUGACUGUGAGCUUCAUAAGAAGAGGAGUACUCUAACGCAGAGUGUGGAAGCCCAUUACCAGCAGCCACCACCUUUUAACCUCCCGCUGGCACAGUGGUUCGAGUCAGUUCAUGCCAAUGAAAUAGUGGGUCAUCUCAAUGAGAUGAAAGGUGUCAUUACUUCAACAUAUGGCAGAAUCUUGAAGCUCGACUCCACUAAAAAGAUCACUAAGAAACUGGCUGGCAACAUUUCAGACACAGCUACCUGGAUGACCAAUGUCAGCAAUGAAUGUGGUCAGAUACUCAACUGUGUGCUGACUACUGCAGAAGGAGCUGGCCUGGAUGAAAUGUGCCAAGGGAUUGUUCAGCGCUACAGGGAUGCUGGGGAGCCAGAACCAGAGGUCAUUUACGUUGAUCGAGACUGUUGCAGUGAGAGAGGUGAACCACCGGUCCUUGUUUUGUUUCGGCCAUGGAGCACAAAGGUCAGGCUGGACAUCUUCCAUUUCAUGCGGAGAUUUACAUCUGGUCUCACCACGGAGCACCAUCCGCUUUAUGGGACCUUCUGCUCAAAGCUGUCCAGCUGUAUUUUUGAGUGGGACAAGGAUGACAUCAGUCUGAAGGAUGCCAAGCGGUCAGAGCUGAAGAGGAAACAUGGUGGUCAUCCCCAACUGAAGCACAAGUUCUGUCCAGCAUCAGCUCCAAGGAACUUGCAAGAUGAGCACAUCGCUGUGGAGUAUCUGCUGGCUCAGUCUGGCAGAGGAGACAUGCUGCAACCGCAACCCCACAAGGAACUGGACAUCACACUGCCAGACAUGCAGGAUGAAGUUGAGGAGGACGACUAUCCUGAUGCCACCAUGAGUGACCCAUCUGACAUUCUGGCUGAAAACCAACCUGUAGCCCUCAUGAGAGAAGAUCACCCAGACGUGUCAUCUCCUCAGACUCCAGUUGUUGAUUUUGGACCCUCCACAUCACCUCAGUCUCUCACAGUCCCCUCCGGUCCUGACAGUCCUGGCAACGACGCCACAAGUGGACCUUGCACAUCACAGCAGGAUAGCAGAUGUGAUGCAAGGGGCUUUCCAGGGUGGGAGGAUGUUGACAACUUGGCGGAGUUUCUUGUCAGCCUCAACCGCACAAUCACAGCCUUAUCAGCUGGAGAAGUAAAUGAGAUUGUGCGAUUGUAUUUCCUUCUGCAUCCCAUGGACAAAUCUCCCACCAAAUACACCCUGAAAAGUAAAAAGAAGACCCUUCCAGGGCCGUGGAGAGCUUCCAGGAAGCGCAGUGGCUCUGCUCCAGGUCAACAAGCAGCUGAGAGAUUGUUCAUGACCCAUGGCCAGGCAGCCCAAAGACCAGACACCAACAGAGUCUCUGAGUGUGUGUGCAUCAAGCUGUGCAAGGAAUACCAACAGGCAAGAAAUCGUCCAAAGGACUGCAAGGAUAAAACCUUGCCCAUACCACAGUCCAUUGUCCAAACAUACAGCCAUAUUAAACAGCUGCUUGAGGACAGCCAGGCAAUUCAGGGCCAGACCAACUUGGUACUAGUUACCAUCAACACCACCACUGUUUCUUCCUGGUUGCAUGAAAGGCAAAAAAGAGCCGGCAGGGACUCGUUACUGCAAGGUGUACAACUUCCUCAGAAUAUAUCUGUGGCCAAGGAACCCAUGCCAAAGCCAAAACCACUCCCUACAGCACCUGUAGAGCAUGGACACUUGUGCAUGGAGUUUCAGGAGCCAGAAAAUCGCAAGGGUGAGGCAGUCAUUCGCCCCCGCCGUGCCAACAGAAUAAUCAUAGCACAGGACUAUCUGUCAGAUCCAGAUCUUGGUGCUAGAUCUGACUCUCUCACUAACCCCUCCCACCAGCAGAGUCAGCAUCCCCCAGCUCCAUGUUCGGCCUGGCCAUCCUAUGAGCAGAGACCACUUUCACAAACAUCAUCUUCUGCCUCAUACUCAUUAAGCACUGCACCGGCCCAAUAUCCUGAUUAUUGCUCACAGCCACAGAGCUUCAUGCCACCACCCUCACCUUUUGGCCCAUGGAUGUACAACACACCACCACCCCUUUACCCAGGCUGGACCUCUCAGCCAUUACCAUACCCCUCUCAACAAUACACCCCUUCAGCUUUGCAUCCUCAAUGCAUGGUGCCUUUCUCAUCAGCAACAGCACCAUCAUCAUCCAACCAGUCAGCAGACUCUUCAAAUCGCCAUAGAAAAUGGAGGCUGAAGAAGGCUGCACUUGAGGAUGAGGAGCAGCAAGAGGAGAGCCACUCAAGCGGCACAUCAAAGACAGCUACCCCUAUCCAUGUGGAACGUGUGGUCAGCCCAAAAACAAGAGCCCGGGUCACACACCAGUCAAGGGGAAGUGGUUCUGUCCUGCAUCUGGUCAGACUGUUACAGAGUGCAAGCAGACUCUAG